AUGGAAGACCCAGUUAGAUUAACUCAAAUUCGUAAAACUGUAAUUCAAAUGUUAUCAGAUCGUGGAUAUAUUACAAGUGCAAUUGAUGCAGAAGUACCAAGAGAUAUUACAAAUCGUGAUGAAUUAAAAAUUUAUUGUGUUAAAAAGGAUGAUCCAACUGAAAGUGUUUAUGUAUUUUUCCCAGAAGUACCAAAGGUUGGUGUAACCCAUAUCAAAAAAUAUGUUGAACUUAUGAAAUCACGUCAAACAAACAGAGCUAUCAUUGUUGUUCAACAAAACAUCACUCCAUUCGCUAAACAAGCUUUAGUUGAAAUCUCUCAAGAUAAAAAAAUUGUACUUGAACAAUUCAAUGAAGCCGAACUCUUAGUAAACAUCACCCAUCAUCAAUUAGUACCAAAACAUAUUUUAUUAACCAAAGAAGAGAAAUUAGAAUUAUUAACAAGAUACAAAAUGAAAGAAAGUCAAUUACCACGUAUUCAAUUAAAUGAUCCAAUUGCCAGAUAUUUUGGUUUAGCUAGAGGCAAUGUUGUUAAAAUCGUCAGACCAUCAGAAACUGCUGGUAGAUAUAUCACUUAUAGACUUUGUGUAUAA